AUGAUGUCAAACGUCGGCUCCGAGUGCCUGCCAGGCUGUGAGGUGGCCUGUACCCAGCCCUGUGCCUACAGCAGGAGCCUGGAGCCCUGCGUUGCCUCCUGUGGAGAUUCCAAAGCCGUGGUGUUCCCUCCUCCCGUGGUCCUCACCUUCCCGGGCCCCACCAUCAGCACCUGCUCCCAGGAGAGCGUGGUGGGAGCAUCCCAACCCACGGUUCUUGGUGCUCCCAUCCCGAGCAUCUCCGAUGAGCCCUAUGGGGUGGGGAGCUCCUUUGGGGCUGGGAGCAUGAUGGGAGCAGGACCCUCCUUUGGAUCUGGGGGCUCCUUUGGCUAUGGGGGCUCCUCGGGGGCCAGGGGUUCCUUUGGAUAUGGGGGUUCCUUUGGUUAUGGAAUGCAGAAUUCCCGCGGGUCCUGUGGCUAUGGGGGCGCGCUGGGGGCAAAGGGUUCCUUUGGGUCUGGGGGUGCCUUUGGCUACGGAAGCUCCCUGGGAAUGGGGGGCUCCUGCAGCCGGAGGUCCCGCAGCAGCCGCGGCGGAUCCUGCCUGGGGAGCUGGGGCUCAUCCUAA